CCGAGCUCUGCGGUUCAGACUGUCUGAGUGACUCUAUCAGCAGGAUUUCGCCCGUGGCAGAAGCCUGUGAUUGGGUCCGAGCGCAGAGCUGUUCUAACUUUAAUAUGCGGCUCAUGAGCGCGCGCAGGAGAACACUGUAGGAUUACCGGAGAGAAAUAUCGCUCAUCAUCACCUCGCGCUUUCUCAUUGACACGCGCGCGCGUGUGUGCGUACAUGUGAGCGUGUGUGUGUGUAUGUGUGCGUGCGUGCGUUUAUGCGUGCGUGCGUGUUUAAGCCUAACUUUUUAAAAGGAUGAUAUAUCUUGGAUAUUUCCUGCUUCUUUUUUGUGGGCUCACGCGUGUCAUGGCAAGUUACCCGAUAUGGUGGUCUCUGGCGGUGGGACACCAGUACACUUCUCUGGGUACUCAGCCCAUCCUGUGCAGCUCAAUUCCUGGUCUGGUACCCAAACAGCUCCGCUUCUGCCGCAACUAUGUGGAAAUCAUGCCUAGUGUGGCAGAGGGGGUGAAAAUCGGCAUCCAAGAGUGUCAGCAUCAGUUCCGAGGCCGCAGAUGGAAUUGCACAACUAUUAAUGACAACCUGGCCAUCUUUGGACCAGUGCUGGAUAAAGCCACUCGAGAAUCAGCAUUUGUCCAUGCAAUUGCCUCAGCGGGGGUAGCAUUCGCUGUGACGCGGGCUUGCUCUGAGGGCUCCGCCACCAUCUGCGGCUGUGACACGCGGAGGAAAGGACCGCCAGGUGAAGGCUGGAAGUGGGGUGGCUGCAGUGAGGAUGUGGAGUUUGGCAGCAUGGUAUCCCGAGAGUUUGCUGAUGCUCGUGAGAAUCGUCCAGACGCUCGCUCAGCUAUGAAUCGUCAAAACAAUGAAGCUGGACGUGUGUCAAUCACUGAACACAUGUACCUGAAAUGUAAGUGUCACGGCCUUUCAGGCAGCUGUGAGGUGAAAACCUGCUGGUGGUCGCAGCCUGACUUUCGGGUGAUAGGUGACUACAUAAAGGACAAGUAUGACAGCGCAUCAGAAAUGAUGGUGGAGAAACAUCGGGAAUCGCGAGGCUGGGUCGAGACCCUACGACCAAAGUACACCUUCUUCAAGCCCCCUACCGAAACUGACCUGGUCUACUAUGAAAGUUCGCCAAACUUCUGUGAACCCAACCCAGAAACCGGCUCCUUUGGCACCCGUGAUCGUUUAUGUAAUAUGACAUCACAUGGUAUCGAUGGCUGCGACUUGCUCUGUUGCGGCCGAGGCCACAACACUCAAACUGAGAAACGCAAGGAGAAAUGCCACUGCAUUUUUCACUGGUGCUGCUACGUGAGGUGCCAGGAGUGUACACGAGUUUAUGAUGUCCACAUCUGCAAGUAAGAAACCACCAAACCAAAACCAGAUUGGACCAGACAUUUGGGCUUGUAAACAUGCAAGGGCCUUUUGUCCGAAACUUGUGGACUGAGUUGUUUGUGGUUCCACGAAUAAGAUAAUCACCAAAAAGGGAUACAGUGGACAGUGAAGUGAUUCUAGAACACCUUCAAAGAAAGCUGUUUUAACAAACAAAAAGAAAACCCAUAAAGGCUUGGUUCUCCAUUGCUGAGGACAAAUACAGGGUUGUGGCUCUGCUCUGGAAGGGUCUUAUCAUUUACAGUCUGAUACAGGAGGGGAUAAGUGAUGCAUCAGAUUACUAGAGGCCCUUGGGACCUUGAUCAAUUGUGUCUUCAAGAAAAGAACAGAAAGCCUUUCAAAGGGAGAGGUUUUGUUGGCACGUGGAAGCAAACCCCGAUGGAAAAACUCUGUAACAGCAAAUGCAGAACAUACAAGGGUUGGUUUGAAAUGUGGUCUUACUACUAACACCAUUAAAGAAACGUUUUGUAUCUUUUUAGUACAAAGUGCAUUCCAACAUUCCUGAAUACCAGCAAACAACCGAUUAACAAACUAAUUUACGAAAAUAAUAAUACACGUCAUGUUGUCUCUGUGUGUAAGAAUAAACACUGAACUUAUGCAUUAGGUUGAGUUUAUUGUAAGUUACUAGUGUUAGGUUACGAAUGCACUUGUGAAUGUCCAUGCAUUGUCUAUAUGUCGUUGUUCUCUUGAUAUGAUUUUAGAACUCAUCGCACAUCUCAAGACCUCUUCUAUCUAAAGUUGUUUAGAUUGUCAUUAUUCUUAUACUUGAUUGCUUGGUCCAAACCAGAGAUCAAGUGCUCUGCUUUUUCCCUGGCCCUACUGGAUUGUGUUCACACUGUAUUUUUGGGUCCAAACCGUGGUAAAUAUGUGUCAUCAAAACAGCAGCUGUUUUCCCCUGUUGCUAGAUAACUACUUAGGAGAAGGCUGUAAAAUGGACAGCAUUGCUCAGUUUUGUAAAUUAGUUUUUAGCCCUUGUGCUAGUUUUAAAAAAGAUUCAACACAGAAUGCCACUUGCAUCUGUCUGCCGCGAAUGUAUUGCAAAGGUUUCAAAGAACAAUCACAUAGUCUGACUAUAUUAUACAGGUUCACUUAAACAAUUUAGGACAAUUGGGUUAAUAUCUUCAGUGAAUUUAACUUAAGGACUCACACACAGGUACCACUUGAGUUCAGAAAACAGCAAUCACAUCAUCCAAACGAGCUGAAAUCUGACUUCAAACUAACCCAGUUGUGCACCAGAAGUACUAGUGUGAAAGCACCCAGUUUUCCCCGAAGAUCAAUAAUCUACAAAAGCUAAAACAUGCAGACGUGAGCACUUCUAUCUUCAAAUGAAUAUUAUUUCUGUUUGACAGUAUUAUUUAUAUUUCACGAACAGAGAGGUACACUACAUUUCAGAAUGAAUAUACAAGGUAAUAGCCAAUUUAAUAGCCAUUAUACUGUAAGUGAAUUCAUUAAC